CGAGACCCACACUAUGACUCAUUUCAGAUCUUCUUUUCUUCACAGUGCUGCACCACUGCCUCCUCAACGUCGCCGACCACCGUUCAGCAGGGCAGGAAAGGUUCAGAACUCUCAUUGCAACUGAUUUGUGAGAAAUGGACAUUGGUUAUAAUGAGUGACAGUACAAAAAAAAUACAUGCUUCACUUCUAGCACUUUCACGUGUAAAGUAUAAUCAUAAAAUUAUUAAAAUGUCCAUUUUCAGCACCAUGAUCAUUUUACUAUGCGUGUGUUGGGUUCUACAUCUGUUUCCCACCAAAAUCAUGUCAAAUACACAGGCUAGGCUAGGUUUGUUCAUUUUAGUAAACUUUGUCUAAGUUACAUGAUGCAGUCUAAGAAUCUAUUAGAAAAUUAUGGUAUUGUAUUCUUUCUUUAUUUUUUUCUUAUUAUAUUGUCAAACUAUUUUUUGUUCUGAUUUUGUUUUUUUUUCCCCAAUCAGAGCAUUAUUUUGAAUAUGCCCUUGUCAAAUUUUGUACUGUUAUAUGUUAACGAUUAUUGUUUGAUUUUAUACUUUGCUACUUUUUAUUAUGUUUUCUUAUUUUGUUUUUCAAAUUUUCUCUCUUUUCUUUUAUUAUGGUGAGCCAAACCAUUUAACCCGCCACCUGUAGUGGGUUGAGUUGGGUUGCUGCAAUUUUGGUUCACUACCAAAGUAAUCCAACUCCUAUCGGCUGAAUUUUUUGACAACCUGUAGUGAGCCAACUCUCUUUGAUAGCUCUAGUGAUCAGCAGCAAUGGCGGGGAAAGUGGCGAAGGCAGCUUAUGAUGCAAAGAUGCUGAAGCUUCUGAAAGAGUACAGUCAGGUGCUGGUGGUUUCAUCAGACAAUGUGGGUUCCAACCAGCUUCAGGGCAUACGGAGGGGACUUAAUGCUGAUUCGGUGGUGGUGAUGGGAAAGAACUCCAUGAUGAAACGCUCUAUCAUCUUGGAUGCUCAGAAGACUGGCAACAAGGCCUUCCUUAACCUUGUCCCCCUUCUUGUGGGAAAUGUGGCAUUAAUUUUCACCAAAGGUGACUUGAGGGAAGUUAGCGAACAGAUUGCCAAGUACAAGGUUGUUCAACCUAUUCUCAUGUGCCCCAAGUACACGUCAUAUGACACAUACCAGAAUUGUACUUAUAUGCAAUCUGGACAGAUACCUUUGGGCCUCACGUGUUGUAAUCAGCAAUCUUCGCAGGCUUCUGAGCCUUUUCUUGUAUGCUCAAAAUUCUUGCCACACCAACAUUGUUUCUUGAUGAGAUCAAGACAGUUCUUGAUGACGAGUAUAUGGUCUCCUCUUCUCCUUUUGGCUGGUAACUUGUGACGUGGAUGAAGUAUGCUGAUUUGGAUCACAUGGUUUAUAUUACUCUUUUCCUUGAGCACUAUUGGCUUUCAAAAUGUAAUUGUAUUCUUCUGUCUCACGGGAUCAUGGAAAAUGAAAAUGAUUUAGAUCAAGGUUUCUGAUACAAGGAUCUUUAAUUUCCCAGGAAUUUUAUCCUCUUUUUGAAUAAGGAUAUGGCAGCAUAUGUGUUAUCUGCUUGUUUAUUAAUUUAUCUCAUAAUUACUGUUUUUUGUGAAGGGGGCUAUCAGCAGCACUACUUUCACAUUUUUCAGAACCUUUUACUUUAUUAGGAUUGGCUCAUAAAUUGAUGAUUUUAUUAUGUUGAUUCA